CGUGGCAGGAAGUUGUUGGAAUUCGGUUAAAAUCCGAUAGGAUUAUAACAGAGCAGAGUCCUCUGUCGAAAUCCAUCCGACGAAGAUUCUCGAUGGAUAACACCGGAUAUUGCAACGAGAGCAGCACAAGUGACGAGGACAUGGUGGAGAUAGCAGGGGCGACGUUAGACUUCUCUACCACAGAGGAUGUACCACCCUUGGACCGAGGUUCUGGGGAUAACCCAGGUAUGGAGGAGGUGAACGGGGUGCCUAAGCUGAUGGACCUGCUGGAUGAUCCGGUACCAGGGGUGGGCACCUAUGAGGACUUUAACACCAUAGACUGGGUGCGGGAGAAGUCCAAAGACCGCGACCGCCACAGAGAGAUUACCAGUAAAAGCAAAGAGUCCACAUGGGCGCUGGUGAAGAGUGUCAGUGAUGCCUUCUCUGGAUGGCUGCUCAUGCUGCUGAUUGGACUCAUGUCAGGUGCUUUGGCAGGUGGGAUCGACAUAUCAGCCCACUGGAUGACAGACCUCAAGGAAGGGGUUUGUCUGAACGGGUUCUGGUUCAACCAUGAGCACUGCUGUUGGACCUCCAACGAGACCACCUUCCAGGAGAGGGACAAGUGUCCCCAGUGGAAAAGCUGGGCCGAGCUCAUCAUUGGCACAACAGAGGGUCCCUUUGCGUACAUUAUGAACUACCUAAUGUACGUGUGCUGGGCUCUACUAUUCUCCUUCUUGGCUGUGACACUGGUCAGGGCCUUCGCCCCCUAUGCCUGUGGCUCUGGAAUCCCAGAGAUCAAAACCAUAUUGAGUGGGUUCAUCAUCCGAGGGUACCUGGGGAAGUGGACCUUGAUAAUCAAGACCAUCACCCUGGUCCUGGCUGUGUCAUCAGGGCUCAGCCUGGGGAAGGAGGGGCCCCUGGUCCACGUGGCCUGCUGCUGUGGCAACAUCCUAUGCCACCUGUUCACCAAGUACCGUAAGAACGAGGCCAAGCGCAGAGAGGUUCUGUCUGCUGCUGCUGCCGUUGGUGUGUCUGUGGCUUUCGGUGCCCCCAUAGGAGGAGUGCUCUUCAGUCUGGAAGAGGUGAGCUACUACUUCCCUCUGAAGACCCUGUGGCGGUCGUUCUUCGCGGCCCUGGUGGCAGCCUUCACCCUGCGCUCCAUCAACCCGUUUGGCAACAGCCGCCUGGUGCUGUUCUACGUGGAGUUCCACACCCCCUGGCACCUCCUGGAGCUCGUACCCUUUGUCCUCCUCGGCAUCUUCGGCGGCAUCUGGGGCGCCUUCUUCAUCCGAGCCAACAUCGCGUGGUGCCGGCGGCGUAAGACCACGUGGCUGGGCCGCUACCCGGUCCUGGAGGUGCUGGUUGUCACCGCGGUCACGGCGGUGGUGGCUUUCCCUAACAGCUACACCCGCACCAGCACCAGCGAGCUCAUCUCUGAGCUCUUCAACGACUGUGGCCUGCUGGACUCCUCCAAGCUGUGUAACUAUGACAACGCCAACGUCACCAAGAGCAGCAACGAGCUGCCGGACCGUCCGGCUGGAGAUGACGUCUACACGGCCAUGUGGCAGCUGUCCCUGGCCCUCGUCUUUAAGAUGCUCAUCACCGUGGUUACCUUCGGCAUGAAGGUUCCUUCUGGGCUGUUCAUUCCUAGUAUGGCAGUGGGGGCGAUUGCAGGCAGGCUGCUGGGUAUAGGCAUGGAGCAGCUGGCCUACUACCACCACGACUGGGCGAUCUUCAGGGGCUGGUGUUCUCCUGGUGCUGACUGCAUCACCCCAGGCCUGUACGCCAUGGUGGGGGCUGCUGCUUGCUUAGGUGGGGUGACCCGUAUGACCAUAUCCCUGGUGGUCAUCAUGUUCGAGCUGACCGGAGGGCUGGAGUACAUCGUGCCCCUGAUGGCCGCGGCCAUGACCAGCAAGUGGGUGGCGGAUGCCAUCGGGCGCGAGGGCAUCUACGAGGCACACAUCCGCCUCAACGGUUACCCCUUCCUGGAGGCCAAGGAGGAGUUCAGUCAUAAGACCCUGGCCAUGGACGUGAUGCGGCCGCGUCGCAGUGACCCGCCGCUCUCCGUACUGACCCAGGACGGCAUGACGGUAGAGGACGUGGAGACCAUGAUCACAGAGACCACCUACAGCGGUUUCCCCGUGGUGGUCUCCCAUGAGUCCCAGCGCCUGGUGGGCUUCGUGCUGCGCAGGGACCUCACCAUCUCCAUAGAUAAUGCCAGGCAGCGUCAGGAUGGGAUAGUGAGCACCUCGAGGAUCUUCUUCACAGAGUACACGCCCCCUCAGCCCCCCAGCAGCCCCCCUCCUCUGAAGCUUCGGGGCAUCAUGGACCUUAGUCCCUUCACUGUCACAGACCACACCGCCAUGGACAUUGUGGUGGACAUCUUCAGGAAGCUGGGCCUGCGCCAAUGCCUCAUCACACACAAUGGUCGGUUGCUGGGGAUUAUCACAAAGAAGGACAUUCUGAAGCACGUGGCCCAGAUAGCCAACCGGGACCCAGACUCGAUCCUCUUCAACUGAUGCUUCAGUACCAGCUGCAGAACCUUUGGCCAGACACCACUGUGGAACCACAGCUUUUACCCAGGCCGGUCUCCAGGCCAACUCCAUUGCACUAUGUUCAUGUCUAACUAGUGGAUUUCCUCCCACUUUUGAAAGCAUUGCAGUGACAACUGGCCGCUUCAUUAGAACUAUAGAGGCAGAGAAUUCAUUGCACUUCAACAGCAAGCUGGCUUUCCAGGAUUGACCCAAACGAUGAACUGGAUUUAGGAAAAAGUCCUAUGGCUUAUUAAAUGACCGUCGGUAACUGGGAGAACAUUUUUUUCCUUGGCCGUAUAGGCAGGAGUGAUCUUCCUCGUCAGUUGUUCAGGUAUAGCAUGUGUCUCUAGAGCUACCAAGGAUCCUAAAGGAGCUGAGACCAAGUCUGGAAUUUUGAGGUAUAAGCCAAACCACUGCCGUUUGAAAACUUAACCCCCAUACAAUCACUAAGCUAGGAGUGGAAAUAAUCAGCUUCAACCUAUCAUAAUCACAGUUGAAAUUGUGAAGUCACUGUCUGCCUGAAAUAUUUAUGCCAGUGUUGAAAUGUUGAAGUCUUUUCCCCUGGUGUUAUAGCUAAACACUUUAGCUCGAAAGAAAUGUUUCUUCCUUUGGUAAUAACCUUCCCCUGAAACAUGCAUGCUGUGGUUAUCCUCUUUGACCACAGGGAGGCACUACUGUGCGCUAACCAGCCGUGGCUUAGUCGCAAUACUCAGUCUCUCCAGAAUUCUGCGAUUGUUUCUUUUUUGCUAAAUCAAUUUUGCAUAUUAUGCGAUGGCUUGCACAUUUGACCAAUCACCGCACAAUUUCCACAUAAAACAGUCAAUUUAUUGCGUUAAACUGACCCAUCACCGCAGGACAGUGAAUUUCAGCCAAUCACUGCACAUUUACCGCAUAAUAUGGUUCAAUCAAACCACACGUCAACAAAAUGCUUCCCUCAUCAGCACAUGCAAAAUGUCAGAAUUGCCGCAGCGAAAUCAAGGUUUUUGUCCUGCAAAUAUCACCAACAAUCUGAUUACUUAACUUUAUCAACUGAUCAGUAACACUCAAAAGUGCAAUCAUGAAUAUAUGUAUUACUCACUUUGAAUAUGCACCCCUAUAUUUCUGAGCUUCAUGACCUUUUCACUGAAUAGUAUUUAUUGCGUCCAUAUACUUGCAUCACAAGUAUACCGAUCACUUUAUCCAGCACACUACACAAUCAUCAAGUCAGUGAUGAUCAGUCUUAACAGGCAGCCUGAGGUCAUGGAUAAGAUCAGUGUUGGUGUAUUAUGGGAUGAUCGAGAGAGGACAAGGUCUCCAGUAUGUCACAUCUCAUAUCAUCUUCCUGUUAUCUCCUCGUCUGUCCAUGGUCUGGGAGGGGCACACAUGUUCAGUGUUCUUGCUCCUCUCACUUCCUUGUCUUCUUGCUAAGGCCCAGGCAAGGGCUGGCGGAUCUAGAGAGAGAGAACUGGCCUGUCAACACUAGUGAAGAACUCUGGAUCUCUUCUCCCUUCUUAACUCGUUCUCUCACUGUCUCACGAGUCCACACUAAGAAUGAGCGACUGAAGUGUAGCGUACUCUCUUAAAUGUGAACCAAGCUGAGGAACCUGCCCUGUGAGGAAUGCUCAAAUCUCACUUUUACCUUGAGCAGGUUGAUGGUGGCCGUUCUUCAGCUAGGUUUAUGGAUUCCUUGACACCCUGUUUUAUCCAUAAGUGUGUCUCCAUUGUUGUAUUACUUGUAUACCGUAGUUCAUUUUAACUGUAGGGUCUCAUUUCAUUUUAAUGCACUUUAUUUACAAAUAAAGUACUUAUCAGGUGUAGCUAGAGUUACAUUAUUAAACUGUGUGUCUGUUUGUAUUAGUAUUUAUGCUAUCUGCAAUGGUUUUGUAUCACUACCAUCUGCAAUGGUUUUGUGUCACUACCAUCUCAUGUAAAGGUGCAACUGAGAUUCAAAAAUGUGAACGAUGAAUAAUUUAUUCCCCCUGUCAUUUCAACUUUGCUAUGAAUUAAAACCAUGUUAACUUUCACAUGAAUGGA